CGCCACAAUCAACUCGGAAAGAAUUGCAUUAAAUAAUUGUUAACAAUGGCUGGAACAUUUGAACCACGCACUCUUGUCAAUGGCAACAUGUUAAGAACUCAUGUAGGCCAAAAUAUUAGCAUUAUGUUGUGUGUGGAAGAUGAGGCUGGCACAAAUUUGACAGGCACCUCUACGGAUGAUCAAAAAAUUACGGUGAGCUUGUCCGAUUCAGUGGGAGCGGCUAAGGGUGAUUGGAUAGAAGUCAUAGGAAAAGCAGCUGGUCCCACAGCAAUAAGGGCUAGUGAGGCUAUUAUGUUUGGUGGAGAAAAUGUGGAUUUCGACAAAGAAGGCUACAACAUGAUGGUAUCAUUCAUGAACAAUUGUAAAGAAAUUUAUCGUCAUGGUUAAUUUGUAUAAGAAAUAAAUUUAUUAAUAAGUAA